AUGGCUACUCUCGCUGCCAGCUUACAAGACCCGAGUCUGUUCAUCGAAAAGGCCUAUAUCGACGGACAAUGGGUCUCAUCCGUAUCCAAGCAGACGUUCAACGUGUACAACCCAGCCUCGGACGCCCUGGUGGGAACAUGCCCUGAAUCCAGCCCGGAAGACAUGGAGGCGGCGAUCCAAGCCGCCGCCAGGGCGUUUCCCAGCUGGCGCGCCCAGUCGGGACGACAGCGCGGCCGGAUCUUGCGGCGACUCUUCGAGCUGCUGGUGGACAACAAGGAGGAUAUCGGGCGCAUCAUCACGGCGGAGAACGGCAAGGCCAAGGGGGACGCCGAGGGAGAGGCGCUCUUCUCGGCGGGCUUCUUCGAAUGGUUCUCCGAAGAGGCGCCGCGCAUCUACGGCGACCUCAUCCCGCACAGCAACCCGGCGUGUCGCACGCAGGUGGUCAAGGAGCCCGUCGGCGUCUGCGGCCUGAUCACGCCGUGGAACUUCCCCAUGGCGAUGGGCGCCCGCAAGGUGGCCGCCGCCCUGGCCGCCGGCUGUACGGUGGUCAUCAAAUCGGACGGCCUGACGCCCUUUUCCACCAACGUGAUGGCCCUCCUGGCGGAGCGGGCGGGCGUGCCCAAGGGGGUCAUCAACGUGGUGACUGCGCUGGAGAACACGCCGACGCUCGGUCUGGCGCUGUGCGAGUCGGAGACCGUCAAGAAGAUCUCCUUUACGGGCUCGACGCGCGUCGGGAAGCUGCUGAUGAGCCAGUCGAGCAGUACCUUGAAGAAGCUCAGUCUCGAGCUGGGCGGCAACGCGCCGUUCAUCGUCUUCGACGACGCCGAUCUCGAGACGGCCGUGACCAGCGCCGUGGUCAGCAAGUUCAAGGUGACGGGCCAGACGUGUGUGUGCGCGAACCGAUUCUACGUGCAGGAGGGCAUCUACGACCGGUUCAGCCAGCGGUUCGUCGAGGUGAUGAAGAAGAAGACGGCCCUGGUGGGCGACGGCGCCCACAACCCGGCCGUCACUCACGGUCCGUUGACCAACGGAGUGGCCAAGACGCAGGAUCAUAUCCAGGAUGCCGUGAGCAAAAAGGCCACCGUCCUGCUGGGAGGCAAUGCCCUGCCGGCCGUUGGCAAGAACUUCCACGAGCUCACCAUCCUGGGCAACGUCGACGACUCGAUGAAGAUCGCCACCGAGGAGACCUUUGGGCCCGUCGCAGGCCUGGCCCGAUUCUCCACCGAGGACGAGGUGGUUGCGCGGGCCAACAACUGCGAGGUCGGCCUGGCUUCGUACCUGAUGACGAGCGAUCUGGGCAAGGCUCAUCGCGUCUCGGAACGGUUGGAGUUUGGCAUGGUUGCCAUCAAUACUGGAGUCAUUUCCGACUCGGCUGCACCAUUCGGAGGCGUCAAGCAUUCAGGUAUGGGCCGUGAGGGGAGCAAGUAUGGGAUUGAUGAUUAUGUGAAUAUCAAGAUGAUUGUGACGGGGGGGGUCAACACGGUGUAUUAG